AUGCUCUCUAUGCCCUCAGGGUGCUCCCGGUACCUGUGGGUGGGUGGGUGCAACUGUCCUGUGGUGGGAGGGGUGGGCAUAGUGGUCCUGUGGGAGAAAGUAAAUGUUUUCUCUCUGCACCAUGGCAGAAUGUGUUGAAAUGCAGUAAGUUCGCAGAUUUCAGAAAUGGGGGGCCCCCGGAGGUCGGUGCCCCAGGGCCCCAAAUGUGGUAGUCCGGCCCUGUGCAGGACCCCCUAUCCCUAAUGUAUUUUCCAAUUAUUUUCUACAAAUAUUGGAUGUGUAUCUCUAUUGCCUGGAUUGACAUUUUUCUCAUUCACCAAGGCUAUUUCCCUGUCCUUUCUAUUUCCAAGAAACAUCAUUCACUUCGCUCCACUGUGAUUUGUUCUGCUGCUCUGACCUCUGACCUAUCUCUCUUUCUAUCCCUGAAACUCCGGCUCCAUUGUGAUUGGCUGUGCUGCUCUUACCUGUCUCUCUCUCUGGCCGCAGUGAUCUAGACAGGGACUUUUGGAAUAACAAUGACAGCAGCAACGUGCAGCAGAGAUGGAGCUCCUACCCGCCCAAGGAGUUCCUCUUAAACAUGUCCCCCUAUGCCCCGUAUGGAGACCCUCGCCUCACGCCCAAGUGAGUCUCGGUCGCGGCUGGUAAGGGACCCCUCUCUCUGUGCAGGGCUGUAACGAAGCGGGGGAGCCAAGCCUCUCACAUUGAGUUCUGUGACCCCGGACCCCCAACCCUCCACAACCCCCUCAGACUGACUCAAUAGAACAACACUACAUUCUAGAAACAGACAAGCAUUGCACACAAAAUAUGCAUCCAAAGACACAGUACAUUAUCUACAUAGGAACACUAACAUGCCACUCUAGUCCACUUGCAUGCAUUUCUCUCUGCCAGACAUACACGUACAGUGAGGGAAAAAAGUAUUUGAUCCCCUGCUGAUUUUGUACGUUUGCCCACUGACAAAGAAAUGAUCAGUCUAUAAUUUUAAUGGUAGGUUUAUUUGAACAGUGAGAGACAGAAAUAACAACCAAAAAAUCCAGAAAAACGCAUGUCAAAAAUGUUAUAAAUUGAUUUGCAUUUUAAUGAGGGAAAUAAGUAUUUGACCCCUGCAAAACAUGACUUAGUACUUGGUGGCAAAACCCUUGUUGGCAAUCACAGAGGUCAGACGUUUCUUGUAGUUGGCCACCAGGUUUGCACACAUCUCAGGAGGGAUUUUGUCCCACUCCUCUUUGCAGAUCUUCUCUAAGUCAUUAAGGUUUCGAGGCUGACGUUUGGCAACUCGAACCUUCAGCUCCCUCCACAGAUUUUCUAUGGGAUUAAGGUCUGGAGACUGGCUAGACCACUCCAGGACCUUAAUGUGUUUCUUCUUGAGCCACUUCUUUGUUGCCUUGGCCGUGUGUUUUGGGUCAUUGUCAUGCUGGAAUAACCAUCCACGACCCAUUGUAAAUGCCCUGGCAUUUGACGGUCCAUGGCCCCGUUCAUCGUCCCUUUGAUGCGGUGAAGUUGUCCUGUCCCCUUAGCAGAAAAACACCCCCAAAGCAUAAUGUUUCCACCUCCAUGUUUGACGGUGGGGAUGGUGUUCUUGGGGUCAUAGGCAGCAUUCCUCCUCCUCCAAACACGGCGAGUUGAGUUGAUGCCAAAGAGCUUGAUUUUGGUAUCAUCUGACCACAACACUUUCACCCAGUUCUCCUCUGAAUCAUUCAGAUGUUCAUUGGCAAACUUCAGACGGGCAUGUAUAUGUGCUUUCUUGAGCAGGGGGACAUUGCGGGCGCUGCAGGAUUUCAGUCCUUCACGGCGUAGUGUGUUACCAAUUGUUUUCCUAGUGACUAUGGUCCCAGCUGCCUUGAGAUCAUUGACAAGAUCCUCCCGUGUAGGUAUGGGCUGAUUCCUCACCCUUCUCAUGAUCAUUGCAACUCCACGAGGUGAGAUCUUGCAUGGAGCCCCAGGCCGAGGGAGAUUGACAGUUCUUUUGUGUUUCUUCCAUUUGCGAAUAAUUGCACCAACUGUUGUCACCUUCUCACCAAGCUGCUUGGCGAUGGUCUUGUAGCCCAUUCCAGCCUUGUGUAGGUCUACAAUCUUGUCCCUGACAUCCUUGGAGAGCUCUUUGGUCUUGGCCAUGGUGGAGAGUUUGGAAUCUGAUUGAUUGAUUGCUUCUGUGGACAGGUGUCUUUUAUACAGGUAACAAACUGAGAUUAGGAGCACUCCCUUUAAGAGUGUGCUCCUAAUCUCAGCUCGUUACCUGUAUAAAAGACACCUGGGAGCCAGAAAUCUUUCUGAUUGAGAGGGUGAAAUACUAAUUUCCCUCAUUAAAAUGCAAAUCAAUUUAUACAAUUUUUGACAUACGUUUUUCUGGAUUUUUUUUGUUGUUAUUCUGUUCAAAUAAACCUACCAUUAAAAUUAUAGACUGAUCAUUUCUUUGUCAGUGGGCAAAAGUACAAAAUCAGCAGGGGAUCAAAUACUUUUUAUUGUAUACAAGUAGCUAAUUUGCAAAACAGUAGUUCUGAACCCAAGGCAUAACCUAAUGCAUAUGUCCCGGUAAAGGUCAAAUGCAAUAGCCUAAGGGGGCCAAACAGCAUUAUUAAGUGAUGUUAUCCAAGUAACAUGCACAUCUUACAUAUCUUCUGUCCUGGAAAAGUUCCGUUGAUUGGCAUUAGUAAUUCCUUUUCCUGCAGCCAACAGGGUCUGAAAGGUAAAGCUAUUUAGUAUGCACUGUUGGCCAUGCAGAAUUAGAUUGAGUCGUACAGGGCUGCCACUAGGAUGUUUCUACUUGCCUCACCUUAGAGGUGACUGACAUUAGUAUAGCGAUGGCCAGACGUGAGGUCAGCCUUGUCUCCCUCCAGCCCUCUGAUCUUCAUCUCGGGUGAGUCAUAAAUGGUACCCUAUUCCCUCUGGUCAAAGGUAGUGCACUACAUAGGGAAUAGGGGGCCAUUUGGGAGGCAGCCCUAGAUUGAAUCAAGAAGGGGGUUGUCUAGUGGCGUUACCAGGACAGAUCAAAUAUGAAUUGGAUGGAGACACUAAUAGAUGCAGAUCAUGUCUGAAGCUGCCCACCAACUACAAACACACUAUUCAUUAUACUAGCCUUUCCCAUCUGGACACAUGAAUAUGUGACAUGAAUCUUUAAAAUACAUACAAACAAACACACAAUAUUGACAUACAGAAACUUAACAUACUGAAUCAACACUCCACAUUUACCUAUAUACCAACCAACCAACCAACAUUUGAAAAGCCUCCUCUUCCCUACAGCCCUGCCAGCCUCACUAACCCCUAACCUCUUACCCUUCACCUCCAGCCCAUGGAGUGCUACCAUGGAGACGGACAACCCUCAGACCAUCUGAGCAGAAACCCUUUAUAGAUCCCACUUACACAGCCCAAUAUCCUCCUUUCCACCGCAACCAACCAACUAACCAACCAACCCCUAAUCUUAAGGUUAUUAACCUAACCGUAAACCCAUUCCCCUCUGGUUAAACCAUCCCCUCAGCUCUGUCAUCGAGGGUUGACCGUUGUUUUUGGCUUUUGCUCCUAGUUUUUGCUGUUCUCGUUUUUUUAGGCACAUUCUAUAGGAGUCCUGUGUUGUUCCCUCUCACCUCUCCUCACUCUGGUUGUGCCUAGUGGUUUUGUCACCACCACCACCUCCACCACCAGGUGCUAUAAGGCUGCCUCUCCUUAUAGCUCUCCUUAGUCUGACCACCUGAGCCCUCUGGACACACCAGUUCCUCUAUAGCUGUACAGUACAGUACAUGUAUCACUAAAGGCUCUAAUGUCAUUGAUGUUUUUCUGCACUGAAAUAUAUUGUUUAAGUAGAGAAAGUCUGUUUUUUUCUUCAUUUUAAAGUGUACUAGAGAAGAGAUAAAGAGGGGGUUUAUUCUCAAUGGGUGUAUUGUCUUUAGAGUUCAUGGGCUGUGAUACAGUGAACCUGCUAGGAUCCAUUGAUCCCUUUUUGAGAUCCAGUCAAAUGUUUGCCCUUUUCACCGUCAUGUGACGAGGUCUUGAGCAAGGGAUGGGAAGCUCUGUCCAUAAGCUAAAUAUGACUUACCUUAAAUCUCCCUAAAUGGUCAACUUCAUCCCUACCCCUAUUUCUACCCCAUGCUCAAUGCAUAACUGUUGCAGGCUGGGCCUCUGUCUAAAGUGUUGUCCCUCUCGACCAGCAGCUGUGCUCUCUGACUGUGUCUGUGUAGUGACCCUGUAGUGAAACUGUGUCUGGUCUGUCUGCUGUUGUCUCUGUGACGUUGUCUAGGUUACGGCUGCUUGUGCUGCUCUGGGUUACGCGGGAGAGGAAUGAAGUGUGUACUCAACAGAUUCACUGUGCUGAUUAACUGCUAUACACUACAAUGUCUUACUAUAGGCUUUCAAGCCACUCGCUCCAACAAUGUCAUUACACACACCAUAACCUUUCGAUCAAGCCUAUCUGUUUCAUUUAACGUUGUAGUUCCUACUGUACAUGAUAACAAAGUAGAUCAACUGUUUCUUUUAAAAUGUAAAGAGGCCAUAGAUAGCCUACAUAAUUCAAUUAUCAUGACCCGCUCAGUUUUAUUGCAAACACCAUGAAGUCCUUGAUAGAAUAAUCCAUUUGGUCAUGUAUAUUUGAUGUGCAGUAUAAAGUAAAGCUGCAGAAUGGCCAGUCAGUCUAACUGACAGGUACUCAAAACACAGCCAGCAUCUGUCUGUCUCAGUCCUACUGCACCCAAACACACACCACUCUGUCAGUCUUCCCAUCUGGUUCAGACAGACAGACAGAUAUACACAGUGAAUCUCAGCCCAUCUCCCUCCUGCUAACCCAGCAGCAGCACAGCCCACUGACUUGCUGGAUCCUCGUGGCUGUCUGCUACACCUCUGUACUGGAAACCUGUAGCUGGAUUGAUAACACUACCCCCAUCCUAAUGCUAUUCUGCUGUGUGGUUCACCUUCUGGGUUGUUCAACCUCACUGAUUCUACUGUUACUAUCCACCUCUCUCUCUCUUUUUCUCUGUCUCCCUCUCUGUCUCUCUCUCCUCCGUCUGUCUCUGUCUUUCUCUCUCCUUUAUGUCUGUGUCUGUCUGUCUAUCUGGUGCCCCCUGUCUCUCAGUGGGGUGGAGAAGGGGGAUGGGGGCGGGGCUGGGUGUGGGAGUGGGGCAGGUCCCAGUCGCAGUGACAGCGUGAGAAGCAUAGUGACGGGGCUGGGCCCUGGCAGCAAGGCUGGGCGCUGGCAGACGGUCCAGAGCCACAUGCAAGCCGGAGGCCUGAGGCCCAGAAAGUGAGUGACAUGAGUGACACGGGUUGGCUGGGCAUGAGGGCACACAUGGGGGGUAAUGCUGAGCACCACAGGGGCAUGGUAUAGAUGGUUUGGGGGACUGCAAUCAGAAGCAGCAAGGGUUAUAUGUGAUAUAUGCUGCAUUCGGUAGUGCAGAGAUUUAUGGGAGGAAAAAUGGAUGGAAAGAUGGAAAGAGGGAAGAAACUAUUGAAGACAAUAAUGAGCUGAAAAUGUGAGUGCAUGUACUGACAUUCUGAUGCAUGGGAAUCUGUUGUCAUGGUAAGGCUCUGUUGACUAAAGAGAACAUCCUCUCUCACAAACAAAUACCAAAAGUUACGCAACGUCUGCUACUGCUUCAUCGCUGUAUUGGACCACAAAACAGUUAAUCAAAUAUCUACUUUUUGAUAUGGAAUAUUAUAGCAGGACCGUUCUUAAGACGCCUGAAACCAAAUGUUAGUUGUGCAUUUCCCUUUCCUCAUGUACACUCUUAGAAAAAAAGGUGCUAUCUAGAACCUAAAACGUUCUUUCGGCUGUCCCCAUAGGAUAACCUUUUAAAGAACCCUUUUGGUUCCAGGUAGAACCCUUUUGGGUUCCAUAUAGAACCCUUCCACAGAGGGUUCUACAUGGAACUCAAAAGGGUUCUACCUGGAACCAAAAAGGGUUCUACUUGGAACCAAUUGGGUUAUCCUAUGGAGACAGCCAAAUAACCCUUUUUUCUAAGAGUGUAUAACCAUUUUAACACUUUCAGUCAAAAUCCAAUUCCCUGUUUACCUGCCUUCUUCACUCCUCUACUCUUUACCUCCCCUCUCCCCCUAUCAUAUCUAACUUUCUCCCCAUUUCUGGUCUGGAAUUGGUUUCUAUUUUGAGGUAGCCAUGUGUGUCUAUGUUUCUGCUGUAAGAUAUGUCUCACACUCCCCUCCCUCUACAUCUGCCUCAUUGCCUUUCUCCCCUCCUCAAGGCUCUUUCAUUACAAAUCACUCAAGGUUUUUAGUCAGUUUAAUUGACUUUCUGGGUAGGAGAUAUCUGAGAAUCCCUUCUUAAGUCAGCAGAGGAGGAUACAGGCAGCAGAUAGAAGGGCUUAUAGCCUGCCUGGCCAUUUGAAUGACAGGGUAGGUAAGUCGUUUACUAUACACACAGAGAGACAAAUGAAAUAUCUAUUUGCAGUUUAAUGUAUUCAACCUUGGACAAGAGAGAUAUUGAAAUAGUAGACAAAUGUACAGUGAAAGAAUUAGGUGUUGAGCUGGCUACGGUAUCUAGGUAGGAGCUGUAAAAAGCCUAAGCCAACUUUAUGACACAGUAGAAAUGUAUUUCUGCGUGAAUUGGACUCCCAGAUGUCUGGCUGGCCCUAUGCCACGUACUCCAUCCAGAUUUAUUGAUGAAUCAUUCUGUCAGUUAUGACAAAAAUAUUUGUUGGACUGUAAAAUGUAGAGCAUACUGCAGCUGAUGUGGCGCAUACUGCAGCAUGGCACUGUGUGCAUCAUUGUUGGAGGAGCAGAGUGGAAUUAUUUUAUUGAAAUACUUUUAUUUGAUGUUGCUAUCUAUGCACUGCUGCUUUCAAAUAUACACUUCUAUCUCUGGGUCACAUUUAUUCUUUAUCUUGUUAUAUUUCUCUUGUCACUGAUAGCUUGUAAGCUCAGCCCUCUUUCAUACUUAAUGCAUCCAUCCAUAUUAUUUAUUCCCUCCCUCAUUCUUUAGAUUCUUUAUCCCGUAUAAAAGGUCCAAUGAUAAUACUUUGGAUUAGACGAGUGAGAGGGAUGAUUUAGGCAGUGGUGAUACAGGUGAACAGAGAGAGUGGGAAGCAUGAUACUGAUCAACUUCAAUCAAACCAACCUAAUGUCUUAUAUUAUAUACAAUCCAAGCAAAUCUGAAGGCACUUGCAGAUUUUCUGGAAUGUUUAAAGCAACAUCCAUACACUCAUCAAAUGUGCUGUAACCGCAAUAAGCACAUACCAUAAGCCCGUCCCAAGACACUUCCAUACCCACUGACCAUUCAUUUAAUGACAGUAACACUCAUUCUCACUAACCACAGCCCAUCUUCAGUCAACACAUUGUCCUGAGCCGUAUGUGAGCUAUCUGAAAGGCCAUGUGGGGAGUGGGGGGGGGGGGGCAAAAUGCUGAAGUAUGACUGGUAUUAAUCUGGUCCACAAAGUCCUCUUGGGGCCCUGCCUCUGGUGCUCUCCAGUAGAAUUACUACAGCGCUGUGGAGCCGGCCCGGGGCCCACUGAAGAGCACAGUCGACACAGCCAAAGGCUGUAAAUCCUCCAGUGCUGCACUAGCCUAAGACAGAGGCUGUUUAGCCAGAGCUUACAGUAAUCAUGAAGGGCAGAAAUUGAAGGGGGAGAGUCGGGACGCACUAUUAAAAUAGUGUAAAAGCAGAUGAAUGAUUAGAAAGACAGAGGGGUUUGAGGGAGGGGAGAGGGUUGUUUGGAGUCAGAUUAAUGGGUUGAAGUGAUGGGUAAGGCAGGUCAGAUUAAUGGGUUGAACUGAUGGGUAAAGCAGGUCAGAUUAAUGGGUUGAACUGAUGGGUAAGGCAGGUCAGAUUAAUGGGUUGAAUUGAUGGGUAAGGCAGGUCAGAUUAAUGGGUUGAACUGAUGGGUAAGGCAGGUCAGAUUAAUGGGUUGAACUGAUGGGUAAGGCAGGUCAGAUUAAUGGGUUGAACUGAUGGGUAAGGCAGGUCAGAUGAAUGGAGCAAACAAAGACCAGUUGAGCUAAGAGAAGCAGCAUAGAGUGAGAGGUAGCUAGGAGGCUAGUGUAAAGUCAUCAUGGGUUAGAGGGGAAAGAUGGAUACAAAGGAGGAGGAAGAGGUCAAGGUAAAUCUGGGAGGAAAGUGACAUGAAAAGGGUAAGAGCAGUGGAUGGAGGAAAAUAGAGAUGAAGGCUGUUAGCUCCUGUUUGGUGUUGGCCUGAGCACUGUCAAAAACAAGCCUACCCACAGACUGUCAGACACUCACAUACAAGCAUCUUAUACAACUGUACGACUACUGCUAAACUGCUUUAACCUGACAAUGCUCUAUUUCUUGUUUUUCAUCUCUCCAUACCUCCUUUCUCUUUGUUGAACUCUCUGGACCCGUCCUCAUUUUUGUUCCCUCUGGUACUUCUAUUGUACUCACACCACCACUCUCCCCCUGUAUCUCCUAUUUUCCAAUUAUGGAUCUCUUCUGUCAAUCUCUCUGGUUACCACUAUCCUUCUCCUUUGUCCCUCACCUUCCCUCUUCUCUCACGUGCAACCCCUGCAAAACCCUUGUUACCCUCUCUUCCCUUGCUACUCUGUCUGGUCAGUUUUGGGGACCCAUCCCUCUCAGCUGCCUCUACCCUGGAGCACAUUCCAUCCUCAGCAGCAGCGCGUCCUCGUCCCCUGGUGCGACAGCAGAGUCUCCAGCAGCCUCUCACCCACCAGCCUCCUCCGGGUCCCAGUGACCCCCCAGCCACCUCCCAGAGCCUGGGCCAGCUGCACACAGGGCCCGGGGGCGGGGGGCACCGGGGAGGCCCGCGGGGGGUGCGGGGGAGUCCGGCGGGGACAGGUGCUUCCCGGUACAGAGGAGCAGGAGGAGGACGCUCCAGGUCCAACCCAGGCAGCUGGGACCACAUGAUGGGACAGAUCCGCAACAGAGGACUGGACGUCAAGUCUUUCCUGUGA